AUUACUUUAUAAACCCGUCUAGCAGAGUCUGCAGUGGUUUAAGGAGAUCGCGUUAGAGAAGAUGCUUGUUGGUUUGGAUUUCUCUGGGUAGAUUGUUCAGGAGAAUGUCAGUGGGACAUGGGAGCAUUAUAUCGUGGGGUGACUGCAACCGGUGCCUGAAAAUCUCUCCUGACAGCCACUCCUCAGCAGCCACAGUUACUCAAGUUGGCAAUGUUAGCUGGUGCUUAUUUAUCAGUCACUGCCUAACAGUGAAAAUUAACAUGUAUGCUCAGUUUGGAUAGUUAAGAGAAGGAGUGUCUUGUUAGGAGAAGGGAGCAGCUAUUCAAGAGAUGAGGCAUGGUUCUCCUGCGGCACUGAGGUGUUGGGUUACAGCAGGAAGAGGUGCGUCCAGCCUUCCCCCGGGCAGCUCUGCUUUAUGCGUAUUGUCAGGGUGGCAGGACACGUGUGCCUUGGGAGCUGCAGGCACAGGGUGGAGGGAGGAGUUCCUGGACUUCUAUGGGCCCUUCUGGCAGUUAAACCAGAAGCAAAAGCCAAAGACAACCAAUCCUCCUGAUAGGCAAGGAAAGAGAGCUCAGGCUGAUGAACUGGGAGCUGCACUAAGAACGAAGCGUUGCUAUCACAUUGAGUACUUCCUUUUACCAGAUGAUCUCGUGCCUAGAAAACUGGAUUUGGUGGUGUUUGGGAUGGCUGCAAAGCUAUUUGCAGAAUCUGAUUCCAAGAUUAUUACGCCAUGGCUUGAAGAUGACCAGAUGUGGAUCUCGUGGAACCAUAAUACAAAUGUCGAUGUCACUAACGAAUUUCUAAUAAAACUAAGAGAUCAUAAAAUAACUUUAAAACUUUGGGACACCAAGGACAAAGUUUUCUCAGAAGCAAGGCUUGGUAAACCAGACGUUAUGUCGUCAACAGAAAGAGAUGCAGAGGCUGCUGGUGGGGUGAAACACACAGUGCUGCUGCAAAGAAAAUUGUUUGAAGGGAGUCAGCCGGCACCCAGCUGUACAAAAACUAGAGGAGCAAAGGAAUCCAAGGCACAAAAAGAGUCUUCUGCCCUUCCCAUCACAGAAGAAACUGAUCAGAGUGGACUAGGAACAUCUAGUUAUGGUUUACUGCAUCCUUCAAAGACAGACUCCCUUACAGUGAGAUCUGUGGGUAAGGCCCAAGUUCUGGAGCAGAAAGCAGCUGUUCCUUCACAUAAUACAAUUUCAGAAGAAGCUGGGAAAACAACCAACAAUGUGGGAAUUCUGAUGUGUCAAACAGACAAGGCAACUACCUUUAAUGGUAGAAGAGAUUCUGGUGCUAAAAAAGAACCGGGUACUACUAUGGCAAAUAAAUGCAACAUUGCUUCACUGCAGUUGGGUCUCAUGCCUCUCCUCUCAGGAGAAAAAUCGGUGAUCAGUCGGCUGGAAGAAAACAGUCCUAUUCUUCUAGAUGCUUAUGUGUCUUUCACUGUAGAAACACCUCUUCUGUCUGAAAGACAAAGACAUGAAUUGAAUCCACUGACUAUAAGGAUUUAUUCAGCUACCAGCCUCCCAAACACACCUAUACCAAUAGAAGUGCUACAGAGAUUGUGUGUUCCUACCUACUGCAAAUACAAAUUUCACAACUUUCCAGCUCAUCAGACUCAUGGACAAAUCCAUGGAACUCAUGUCUACUUUAAGGAUGUUAACGUAUAUCUAACAGGAACAAUGAAACCUGGGGAAUUACAGAGGUAUCUUGGAGGUCCACCUUUGGAGAUUGAAGUCCAUGAUCGGGAUAGGAAGAUGGAAGGCAACCAAAAAAACCCAUGUUUAUUUGGGGAGGAUCAAGCUGAUGAAAACCUGGGAAAGGUGAGGCUCCUUGCUUGCAAAUCCACAAUCUCUAAUUCUUUUACAGAGAAUGAAGUGUGGCAUCCACAUGGGGUGGCUAAAGUAAGUCUAACUGAUCUGUUGUUGGGUAAAAAGUACCUGACUAUUAGUGCACCCAUUCACAGCUGUUCAACUCCAGAUACAGCUGCUUUCAAUAAAGAGGACAAAAAAAAGAAGACAGAAUCUGUGGAUACUUCUUCCCUAUUACCUAUGGGACAUUAUCUACAAUCAGACUCACUUUUGAAAGUACGAGUUGAAAUAGCAGUGCCAUUGAAAGUGCAUGAAGAAAUUGAUGAUGCUCAAGUGACAGAUUGCCCAUACAGUUGUAUAAUCUACAUUUUUGACUACAAUAAUUCAUCUUUAUUACAUGAUUUGGUGGAAGAGAUUACAGAAAUCAAUGCUAAAGCCCUUCAGCUGGACUGUUAUCCUGUACACAAAAUCAGAAUGACUCUUCCUACGUUAAAACUGAAAAGUAUGUUUGAGAAGGUUUCUGAGUUAGAUAUUGUUACUGGUUUUCACUUACUGGAUGGAGCUAUUCAUCUCUUUGUCUUGGAGGGAUUAAAAGACAAAGCCAUCAAGAGACUCUGGGAUAGACACUUUGAAAGGACUUAUAGACAUGAAGAUGGACAAGUGGAAAUACUAUAUAAUUCACAACUGUCUUUCAGUCAACGCCUGUAUACAGACCUGGAAGCAAUCUUUUAUCAUUUCCACCUCUGUAAGCCCCUCUUCAGUAUAGUGAAACAGCCUCUGCUUUAUGUCAGAGGAACGGUUCCUUGGGCAUGUUUCCAAGCCUUGUCCAGGCUCAGUUACCUCUGUCACAGCAAGAGGCUGAGGGAUGUUAUUCAGGGGGAUCUGCUGCCCUCAGCAGAAAUGAUCACAGCACUGAGUCAAAAGUAUGGAGUUCCAUUAACUGAUGAGGAUCUCUUCACUCGGAAACCUCCUUUACUCUCACUUUCCUCUCCUGAUACACCACCAGGAAAUGUUCGCAGAGGGAAAAAGGCAGUAUGUUCUUCAUUAGACAACCACAAUGAAAAGUAUGUGCAGUGGAAGAAAGAAAUAGCAGGCAAAUUGUCUUUUGAGAGAAACCAUAUUAAGGCUAACAUUGAUGCUGUAUGCCAGCUUAAAGGAAAGAUGAAAAAGCCAAAGUUGGAAGCUUUCAGGAUUUCUCCUGCUGAUGGCAAAUCUGUUUAUAACUACAGCUGUCAGAGCCUGAAUUCUGCAGAACUUGCAAAGAAGCAUCUUUGCCAGGAAAUGGCAAAGGACCCAAAAGCAAGAUUCACUUAUUGUCAUGAGUAUCUUUCAGCCAUGCUUGACCCAGUUGAUGUGGUUGCUGCCUGUAAGGAGUCCUUUGCAAAAUCCAAGAGCAUGUGGCUGUCACCAGAUGGAUUUGUAUUUCUUGGAUUUAAGAGCAGCAUUGAAAGCAACCUGCACCCUCGGAUGCCUGCUGAGGCACGUGUGGAGGAGUUAAGAGAGAAAUGGCAGGAGAAUGCUCUGUGUGCUAACAUGGAGCCGGUGCUGGCACGAGGCAGAUGGAGCUGGGACAAAAGGCACAUUGACUUCGAUCUCUACAAGAAGCCACCCGAACUCCCUGUGACAGCAGCCUCACUGACAGAUGCUACUCAUCUUGUGCAAACUGCAUUUGAUGAUACCAAGCUGAAGGUUCACCGGUGCUCUGCGGCAGCUGAGUUACGUACACAUGGGCCAGGAGCCAGUUCUCAGCUGCAGAAGCUCCAAGGACUUCUGAAAGAUGAGCCUCUGAAAUUCUCACUCAGGAAGCCAGGACUAAUUUUGAAGCCUAUCCCAGCCCUGUCAGUGCUGGACAGUCAGCCCUCUCAGAACAGUUCAGAAGUCCUGCCAGGAAAGAAGAGGAGCAUUUGCAGUGGCUUCGUACCAGGCCUUCAAGACCACCACAGCCUGAAGUGGAAUGGGAACAUUAUCCCAUGUCACAACAGAGAGCAUAAGAAGUUUGAAAAACUCAAAGGUGCAGAUUUCAAUUUACUUUGCUAUAAACAGUCAAUGUACAAGAGGGACCACGCAGCACACAGAUGCAGCACUACCUGUACGCAACAGGAAGACCCUCUCUGGGCUGAUAUUCUGGACACAGGUAACUCAGUGAAUACCAGAGAAUGUGUACAGGACAAAACUGGUUUGCUGAGCUAA